AUGAAGCGAGCGCUUCGUGCAUCAUCACGCUUAGGAGACGGGGUCCGCUAUCAGCAGCUGGGAGUUUCAACGAGCGAUCUGGAGACGCAGUCACCGCCUGUUGAGCGGGCUGGCUUCGACUUUGGCUCGAGCCACGAGGGCCUUUCGUUUUUCGGCCACGUCCGCUCUACCGUCGUCGCGUCGAGACUCAAUUGGCUGCUUGUUUUCGUGCCCAUUGGUCUGGCGGCGCAUUCUUUCGAGAUCAAUCCCCUGGCCAUUUUCAUGACCAAUGCUAUCGCCAUUGUACCCCUGUCUGUCAUGUUGACCGAGGCGACGGAGCGUAUAGCUGCUGAUGCGGGAGACACGAUUGGAGCCUUGUUGAAUAUUACGCUUGGUAAUCUCGUUGAAUUGAUCAUCCUGGUUGCGCUGGUAAACAACCACAUCCGCAUUGUACAAGCAUCCAUUCUGGGCAGUGUGCUUGUGAAUCUGCUUCUCAUUCUUGGCUCCGCUCUUUUUGCUAGUAGCAUGUCCAAUCCUGACCCUCACAGCAGCAUGGAAGAAUCCGAGCUUUUGGCCGCUCUUCUCUUUGUCUCUGUGUUUGUCAUUCUCAUCCCGACUGCAUUUGACUACACCUUCCACAUGAAGGGCAAGUCAAGUGAGGCCGCUCUGAGUAUGAGCCGUGCUUCGGCUUUGGUAGUUCUCGUCAUUUACAUUGUUUACUUCGCGCAUGAGAUGAGAGGUAAGAAGGUGGAAGCACCAGCUAUCCCGCUACAGACUCUCCACGCAGGCCACGCGGAUCACCACAACCAUCGACGCAACCGGAACUCGACAUCUCACGGUUCUCGACUCAUUCGUUUUGUCGACCAAGAUGUUCCGACUCGUGCCCGAAGCACAACUCUCGAUACGAGUAGGGUAGCUCCUGCUCGAGAGACAAGCGAGGACCGCGGGAAGAGAGAGACUGCUCCGCGCGCCAGUCUGUCUCAUCGAUCAAGAGGAAACUCGCGCUCUCACUCUCAUUCUCGCUCAGGCUCGCGCACCGAAUUCUACGGAUCUGAGCUACGAGACCUUUCUGUCAGUGGUGCGCACACGCGAACGCUUUCAGAGCUCCCCGAGGUACCCAACCACGCACCGCACGUUUCUAGCACCAGUAGCAUGGUGGCUGCGGUCGCAGUCCUGGUAUUCUCAUCAGCCCUCAUGUCCAUGAACGCCGAAUUUCUCGUCAAGACGAUUGACGACGUUACGCAUGAGGGAGGUCUGUCAGAAGCGCUGAUCGGUCUGAUUAUUUUGCCUGUUGUUGGAAACAUCGCAGAGUACGUGACUGUUGUCACCGUCGCGAUGAGGAACAAGCUCGAGCUUGCAAUUUCCGUUGCCGUCGGUUCAGCCAUCCAAAUCGCUCUAUGCGUAGCGCCCUUGACGGUUCUGAUUGCUUGGAUGCUGGGUCGUGAUCUGGAAAUGGCCUUCAACGUUUUUGAGACAACGACGUUGGUUGGCUCGGGAUUACUUAUCAACCUGCUCAUUCUUAGUCGAGCUAAUACUGCUAUAAGAGCCAUAGGCUUAAAAGGAGCUCUCAUGAUGGCCUGCUACAUCAUUAUUAGUCUUGGCGCGUACUAUGAGCCUCACGCAACGAAAUAG